UCGAGACAAGGGACGGUGUCAGGACUGUGCCCACGCGAGGACUUCACCUUCCCGCUAAGCAUGUGUGCGUAUUCUGCACAUGGUUGUACAUUUUAAGUCAGGGAGAAUUUUUCUCUGACACAGGAACUCUGCACCAGGCAUCGCACUGCAACAACAUCACCAAUGAAACUGCUUCCAUUCCUAGUUCUGUUUUCCAGUCUGCUGGACUAUGGCUGCACUACUGUAAGCUGUAACAUGGCAUGCCACAAGGAUGCCAGAUGUGAAGUUCGGGAUGGCAUAACAGGCUGCUACUGCACCCAAGGAUACACAGGAAAUGGCGUAGAAUCCUGUUACGAUGAUAAUGAAUGUGAAAACGCUACUCAGCCUUGUGGAGAGCAUGCCAAUUGCACAAACACGGUGGGAAGUUAUUACUGUACCUGUGUGCCUGGUUUCAAAUCCAGCAACGGUCAACAAACUUUUGUACCUAAUGAUGGAACCUCCUGUGUAGAUGUAGAUGAGUGCAUCAAUGAAGGAACUGUUGCCUGUGGAGAUCAUGCAAAAUGUGAGAACGUGGAUGGAGAUUUUAACUGCUCCUGUAAGGAAGGUUAUCAACCAUCCACAGGAAAAUUGCAAUUUAAGCCAAAUGAUGGCACUUCCUGCCAAGAAAAUCCGAAGGCCAAGUGCGAGUUAUACAAAGACUGUAUAACUGAACAUAUUAAUAGAACUUUAGCUGCAAUCAGUCAUUUAAAAACACCCCUGGAGAUGCUGCAAGAAAUUAACAAAAACACCUUGGGACCACUUUUACCUGUAGAUGUGAUUUCAAAUGUUGAAGCACUGUCUUAUUCAUCACUGAGUACUAUGCAUGACUCCGUUUCUGACAAUGAAACUCUUCGUAAUACAACGAUUAAUGUUUUGGUUAACACUGUGAACAAUUUUUUACAACAAGACAAAAUUAGAGUGUGGGAAGCUCUUCCUGUGGAUAACCAAAGACGAAGCCUGACCAAGCUGCUGCAUUCUGCUGAACAAGUGACACUUCUUAUGUCAAAGAACUUCAAAAAGACAACACAGCUAGAUGUUAAUGCAAGUGACAUAGCACUCAAGGUUUUUGCUUUUGAUUCACACCACAUGAAACACAUUCACCCUCACGUAUACACAGGGGGAGACUACAUUAAAAUCUCACCAAAGAAGAGAGAAGAAUAUCAUCCUAAUGGCACUGUUGCAGUUGUCUUUCUGCGGUACAGCAAUAUUGGUUCCUUGCUUUCAUCACCUAAAAACCGCUCUUCAAAAGACAGUUCAGAGGAGAGACAGACAGUAAGCUCAUCAGUUAUAGCUGUUGCAAUUAGCUCAAAUCCACCUACGCUCUACGAGCUUGAGAAAAUAACAUUUACUUUGAAGUAUACCAAGACUGCGGAUAAAGAUAUUAAAUGUGCGUUUUGGAACUACUCAGCAGAGUCAAUGAUUGGUAACUGGGCUACACAAGGCUGUGAGCUGACACAUUCCAACUCCACUCAUAUCUCAUGCAAAUGUAAUCAUCUGACUCAUUUUGCUGUUCUGAUGUCCUCAGGUGGCUCUGUUGGUGUUACAAAUUAUAACAUUCUCACAAGAAUCACUCAGCUAGGAAUAAUUAUUUCGUUGAUUUGCCUCUCCAUGUGCAUUUUUACAUUCUGGUUCUUCAGUGAAAUUCAAAGCACUAGAACGACAAUUCACAAAAACCUCUGCUGCAGCCUUUUCCUGGCGGAACUUAUUUUUCUGAUUGGAAUUAAUAUGAACAAUAAUAAGCUCUUCUGCUCAAUUACUGCUGGAUUACUACAUUAUUUCCUUCUAGCUGCUUUUGCAUGGAUGUGCAUUGAAGGUAUUCACCUCUAUCUUAUAGUUGUGGGAGUCAUCUAUAACAAGGGUUUCUUGCACAAGAAUUUCUAUGUCUUUGGUUACAUCAGUCCAGCUGUGGUUGUUGGAAUCUCUGCUGCGUUGGGAUACAAGUACUACGGCACUACAGAAGUAUGUUGGCUCAGCACAAAGAAUAACUUUAUAUGGAGUUUUAUAGGGCCAGCAUGUCUAAUCAUUCUUGUUAAUUUGUUGGCUUUUGGAGUGAUUAUUUAUAAAGUAUUUCGACACACUGCAAUGUUAAAGCCAGAAGUUAGUUGCUAUGAAAAUAUAAGAUCCUGUGCCAGAGGUGCUCUUGCUCUCCUAUUCCUCCUUGGGGCCACCUGGAUAUUUGGAGUUCUUCACGUUGUCCAGGGAUCCGUGGUCACUGCAUAUCUUUUUACAAUCUUCAACGCAUUCCAGGGGAUGUUCAUCUUCAUAUUCCUUUGUGUAUUGUCCAGGAAGAUUCAAGAAGAGUAUUAUAGGUUGUUCAAAAAUGUUCCUUGCUGUUUUGGCUGCUUGAGAUAAAUGGAAAGAAAUCAUGCAUCAGUGUCUCAAUGGAUGAAGGGAGCAACCUGGAUGAUAUUGUUGUGGAUAUUACAGAAAAAUGCGGUAUUGUGGAAGUAUGAAAUGACCCAGUGAGCAGACAUAUCUCUUAACUGAACUAGUGACUGGUUUUGUGCCUUUCUGUGCAUUCAUGCAAAGUAUUUGUAUAAUGCUGUAUACAAACAGUACACAAAACAACCUGGAUUACUGCAAAACAAAUAUUAACAAAGACCAGGGAAUUUCCAAAGAAGCUCAAGACAUUUGACAACUCAGAUUUUGAUUUUAAUAUUACAAUUGUCUGCCAUUCUUGGAAGCAUGAUACCAAAAGCCAACUGGCACAGCAGAUUUUAUGAAUUGCUUUUCUAGUGGAAACACAUUCACUGUCUUUUUGUAGUAAUGACCUUCUUACACUAAGUUAUGUGUGGCCAUCUGCGGGGAAUGGGUUCCAUUAAAGAGCCAAUCGAUAAAGAUCUGCUCCAGCCCAGACUUUUGAAAACAUUUCUUUUAAUUUAAAGUAGAUUUUAAAAGGAAUUUGUUUAAUAUUUUCCUCUUAUCACUCUGAAAUAUGCAUUUGUAUAUUAAUCAAUUCUUUAUUUUUAUAACUUUAAAAGAACUGUUUCUAUCUAAAGAGCUGAGGUCAAGCCUGAUAUGAGAACAGUGGGAUGGCCAUUUUGUAAGUGAAUGAUUAUUUUGUGAAUAUUUUGGGGAAAAGUCUGGUUCUUGUUUUAUUUAAUUGCCAAAAAGCCUGAGAUCUGCUGAACUGGCACUAUGAUUUUGUAGGCUGUGGAAAGAAGAUGCUUUCACAACUUUGUCCCUUGAUAGAGAUAUCUGGAAUCCAGGCCUUGUAAAAGUAAAGCAGUAGAAAUCACCCAUGCAGAACAAAGAUUCAAAUUCAAGGUCAUGUGCCCCAAUACCACCCAGCAUAGUUUUCUCUACUUUGAGUCAAGCAGUUGUCUUCCUCUGAAGCUUCUGGUUUUGAAGCAUUUACCCUGUGUUUAACUAUAGCAGCUUGCACCUACUGAAAUCAUUGGGAAUAUCUGAGGCACAAGUUUGCUGCACCAGGAUAGAAACACAAUGCAUCAGCAGUACCACCUGUGCCAUCUUACCUUUAAAACUAAUACGCUUUAAUUUCACCCUUUUAGCACCCAGCUUAUAUGAAGUGCUGAGCAAUCCUCAGUCCACAUGGCCUUCUUAGGAAGUGUCCAGGAUCUCAGAUGAAUCCCAGUAUUUUUAGCAGUAAGGCACUGUAAAUAGGUAGGUGUUAGUAAAUCCGGUUAAAAUAAAGCACUGCUCUGAGUUUUAUUUAUAUUGAAGGAAGCAUUUUUGUAGGUAAUGGUCUCGUUUGUUUGGCUUCUCUUUUUUUUUCCACAAACACAAGGCCUUCAUUGUAUGCAUGGCAGUGGCAUGCUUCACAUAUUCUAUGUCUGUUAAAAUUUUGGAAACCAAAACCAGGUCCGUUUUCUAAAGAAGAAUAAAAUAAUCUCUGUUGGUCUUUCAAAUGUAAAAUAUGUGAAUAAACUCAAUAAACUCAACUUUCACAUUUCAAUAUUUCCCUUCAUUUAAAUAAAUACAGUGGUAAAAGUUCUCAUGGUUAUAUAUAAUUUGCCCUGGAUGAUUUGCUGUAUUUUCUUUCCUGUUGUGUAUAUUCUUCUUGGUUUGGAAAGAUGCAGAUACAUAUUGGGUAUAAGAGGAUUUUUAAAAGGAUAUCUACUAAUAAAUCAUUUUUGAUCUCCUGCAGAAAUGUCACCUAUAGUGAGUCUGUCUCCAGUAAAUGCAUAAUGACUGCAGCAUGCUCAGUGAGUCUGAAAAAGUUCCUUGCAAAGAAAAUACACCAUAAAGUCUUUAGUCCAACCACCCUUCCAAAGCAGAAUCCCCUAGGGUAGUUUGCACAGGAAUGCAACCAGAUGGGUUUUGAAAGUCUCCAGAGAACAAGACUCCACAAUCUCUCUGCGUAGCCUGUCCCAGUGCUCUGUCAUUGAAAUUCUCUUUUCCUUACAUACAAGGAUGAGUUUUCAUCUUUUAACACAGCACGUAAGGAGCAGGGGAAAUAUAUUUAAAUCCAUUGCCUUAGAGCUUAAAGGAUACUGUAAUUGUCCCUCCUAAUGCAUGCAGAAAUACUGACAAGAAAUAAGAGGUUAUUUUUUGCAGCCUUUAGUAACAUAAGCCCCAACCUAGCAGAGAAAGAGGAAGAGAGACAACGGGCAUAAAUUGAAAAAGAAGAGAGGAUUCAGCAAGAUAUGAAUAAAAACCUUUCCACUAUGAGCAGUCAAGCACUGGAAACGGUUGCCCAGCGAGAUUGUGUGGUUAUGCUAAAUUCUUUGAUUUUUUUUUACAAUUGGAUAAAGUUGCCAGCAACCUUCUCUCAUCUCUGACCCUGCUUUGAGCAGCAAGGUUGAAUGAGAUGGCCUUCUGAGGUCCCCUAUAGCCUGAAUUGUUCUAUGACUCUAUGGCAUGAAAUACCAAAUCAGAAAACUAACAGUUAGGCAUUAAUUGUGAUUUUCUUUAGCAAAUGAACUCCAGUGCCAUUCAUCAGCUGACCAAAUUGCUUUUUCAAAAAGAAGUUUGCCUGAUAUAUUUGUCAGAUCAACCAGUAGCUACUGGACUGGUCUGAAAAAUGAAAACUUUGUUCAGCAUCCUUUCAUAUUACAUGCUUUUGAGAGAUACAUGACAUCUUCAGGUGGGCCCAAAAGGAAAAAGAAGAAAUUAAUCAAUGAUUGACAAGACAGAUAAAAUGUAAAAUGUUCAAGUUUCACUCUGAAAGCAAGUGCUUGCUGAAGAGAGAAAUUGUUUCCAUUAACCCAAUCAAAGAGAAAUUUGUGUUCAGUGUUGCAUUUCAAGGUGUGCUUCAGAAUAUAAUAAAUAAGGUCUGCAAUAAGAAA